GUCGCCCGGAUCCCACCCCCUCAGACCGCAGGACCUCGAACCCAAAUGAUCCUGCAGCAGCCCCUGGAGCGAGGCCCCCAGGGUCGGGCCCAGCGCAACCCGCGGGCCACCUCGGGAGUGCCCCGAGGCCUGGACGCGAGGUGUGUAUGGGAGCCCUAGGCGGGCCUGGCUCGGGGGCCCAAGAGCUUUGGCUGUGGCCUCAGGCUGGUCUGCAGGCUGACACACGGUGGGGAUUGUCCGCAGGGCUUGGGCGUGAGCUGAGCCACGGUCGGAGACUGGGGACUGAGACCUCCCAGGCAGGCUUCUGGAUGGUUUGAGAGAGGGGGUGACUUGGGCGUCAGCUGAGACGGAGAUGGGCUGGGCGCUCCUGGCUGACUCGCUGGCUUAGGCGGGCAGAUCCUUGGGAUGGGGCCAAGAGGGUGGGAUGCUCCUGGCUCUCUUUUCUUCCCAGCUCCCCUCUCCGAGGAGCUGUGCCCAUGAGCACCAAGCGGCGCCUGGAGGCGGAGCAGUGAGUUUGGGGGCAGGGAGGAACUCCCAGCAAGACCUCUGUCACCUCAGGUCCCCAUCAGACUACUUCUCCUCUGAAUAUCCCAGCCUGCCUGCCUCCCCGUCUCUCCCCAGGGAGCCCCUGCGCAAGCAGUUCCUGUCUGAGGAGAACAUGGCCACCCAUUUUUCUCGGCUGAGCCUGCACAAUGACCACCCGUACUGCAGCCCCCCCAUGGCUCUCUCCCCAGCUCUGCCCCUACUCAGAACCUCUUGCCCCGAGCUGCUUCUCUGGCGCUACCCUGGAAACCUGAUCCCUGAGGCACUCCGGCUGCUGAGGCGGGGGGACACCCCCACCUCCCACUCCCCAGCAACCUCAGCCGUGGACAUAAUGGAGCUCUGAGUGCUGGUGGACAGUGCCCCUGCCCUCCUUCCUUCCUCACAACAGGGAAGACCAGCACGCCCACAGAGGGACCAGCUGCUCUGCUUUUCCUCCAGACCAGGCCUCUGGGCACCAGGAUCUUCUCUCAACAGGACAUUGAGCCCCCCAGAGUCCUGGGGUGGGAGGGGCAGGAGCAUGAGAAGGGAGAUUUUCCCCCCCCCCAGAACCCAAUAAAGAUUGAUGAGCAAAUGAA